UGGGCUAGUCUCUCUCUACCCCUCUAUCGUUUGUUUCAUUAGAUCCUCCUUAAUUCUGAACUACUCUCUCUCUCUCUCUCUCUCUCGCUUUAUUGUAUCCUCCUUAAUUUUGAACCAGUCUCUCGUUCUCUCUACUGCUGGAUCUGAAAACUAAGAAGUAAUUGUUUUGGAUAUAUUAUUUUGAAGGUGAAGUUUUCUUAUUUUGAAGGUGGAGAAAGCAAACAAGCCAUUGUCAAAUUGGUAACUUGUCAGAGAGGUUCUGAAAAGCUUCAUUACAAAGGAUUGAAAGAGAAAGCGCCAAUGGAAAUAGAAAACAAGGAAGAGAACAGAAGAAAAAGGAAUCGAUCAGGUGACGAUGAUGAUACUGAUUGUGAGGGGAGCAAAGCAAGGAGACAAGAUGUUGUGGAUAUCGCUUCUUCUUCUUCAUCCACUGCUGAUGCUGAUGAUACCAAAAAGUACGAUGUGUUUAUUAGUUUCAGAGGUGAGGACACCCGCCGUACUUUCACCAGCCACCUCCACGCUGCCUUACUUGAUAAAAAAAUCACAACUUAUAUUGAUGACAAGCUUAAGAGAGGAGAUGAAAUCGCACCUGCCCUUCUCCAAGCAAUCAAGGAAUCAGAGCUUUCGGUGAUCAUUUUCUCGAAAGACUACGCUUCUUCCACGUGGUGUUUGGAUGAGCUUGUGCAUAUCCUAGCAUGCAAGGAAAAACAUGGCCAGUUGGUUAUACCCAUUUUUUACGACACCCUUCCAUCGGAUGUACGAAAACAACGGGGGAGUUAUGAGGUUGCAUUUGCUCAACUUGAGCAACGUUUCCAGAACAGUAUCGACAAGGUGCACAAGUGGAGGGAUGCUUUGACGAAGGCAGCAGAUAUAUCUGGGUUUGAUUCAAAAAAUUAUGGGACGGAUGCUGAUUUAGUUAAGAAAGUUGUUGAAGAUAUUUGGACCAAAUUGUAUCGCGCAUCAUCCUGCAAUUUAAAGGGCUUUGUUGGAAUUGAAAGCCGCAUCGAGCAGGUCGAUUCGCUAUUAGGCAUUCAUUCAUCGGAUGCUUGCAUCACUGUCGGUAUUUGGGGCAUGGGUGGUAUCGGCAAGACCACCCUUGCUGAAACUAUAUUUCACAAACUCUCUUCUAAAUUCGAAGCUUCUUGUUUUGUUAAGAAUGUUAGGGAGAACUCAGAAAAAGCAGGUGGACUAGAUCACUUGGAAACAACACUUCUUAAGGAGAUAUUAAAGGAAGAAGGUCUAUCCAUACGACCAACUAUUGUUCAAAAAAGGCUCAGAUGCACAAAGGUCCUCAUUGUUCUUGAUGAUGUGAGUAGUUCAAUGCAAAUUGAACGUUUAGCUGGAGAUCCUCCUUGGUAUGGCACUGGAAGUAUAAUCAUUAUCACAACUAGAGAUAGGGGCACACUUGGGAAAACUGUUAAAGAGGAUAAUAUCUAUGAGGUUGAGGUACUAAAACCGGAUGACGCUCUUCAGCUCUUCUGUUCGUGUGCUUUCAAGAAUAACAGUACGCGUAUAAUAGAUUGUAAGGAGUUGGCAGAAAAGGCGGUGGCUUAUGCCAAAGGCCUUCCUUUAGCUCUUGCAGUUCUGGGGUCCUUGUUCUUCAAUUGCAAGAGCAAAGAAGAAUGGGAAGAUGUGUUCAACAAAUUGAAACGAUUUCCCAGUGAAGAUAUUCAGAAAGUGUUGAGAAUAAGUUAUGAUAGAUUGGGAGAAAAUGAGAAGGAGAUAUUUCUGGAUAUAGCAUGUUUUCAUACAGGGGAGUCUCUGGUUGAGGUAAAACAGAUGUUAGAUGCUCGUGGAUUCUUUGCGACAGAUGGAAUUAGAAUUCUCAAAGAUAUGUCUCUCAUAUCAAUUGAUUCAGAACUGGAAACCAUAGCGAGAUACUUUGACAUGGGCCAUUUUGUACAAGAAAGAAGGGAAACCAUAGAGAUGCACGAUUUGCUACAAGAAAUGGGUCGGAAAAUUGUUCAAGAACAAGGUAUUAAAGAUCCCGGUAAACGGAGUAGAUUGUUCAAUGAUGAGGAUUUCUAUCGCGUAUUGAGCAGUAACAUGGAAACUCCAAAUGUUGAAGCCAUGCGGGUUGAUGAAUACCGACCAUUGAAACGUGCGGACUUCAAAAAGAUGUCUAACCUAAUAAUGCUAAUUGUAAAAUGCGAUUGUCUAGGCCUUUCCAAAUCUCUAGACCUUCCUGAUUCUCUUCGUUAUCUUUACUUGUUUUUAUAUCCACUGGAAUCCUUGCCGUCAAAUUUUACUCCGGAAAAUCUAGUUGAGCUUCAUAUGCCAUUUAGCAAAGUUAAGAAGCUUUGGAAAGAAGAGCAGAUACUUGUCAACUUACAAGUUAUCAAUCUGUCGUACUCUGAGUAUCUAACUGAAGUUCCAAAUCUCUCUGGGAGUCUAAAAAUUGUGAAGAUAAAACUCAGGGGCUGUAAGAGUUUGGUUGAAAUUCCUUCGUAUUUUCAACAUCUUGACAAGCUUAUUCAUCUUAAUCUGGGGUACUGCUGGAGUCUCAAGUAUCUUCCAAAGAUGCCAGGAAGUAUUCAAUACUUAGAUUUAGAAUGCACUGGUAUAAAGGAGGUGCCUGAAUCAGUUUGGUCUAACGAAAAUAUUUCUUACUUGAAUUUAAAGCAUUGCAGAGGCCUUAAGAAACUUCCAAGCAGCAGGUGUAAGUUGAAAAAUCUCGAGAAACUUGUUCUCGAUGGGUGCUCUAACGUUGAAAUUCUCCCAGAGAUUUGGGAGCCAAUAGAACAUUUGAAGUCCUUAAGUUUAAUUGAUACAAAAGUUACAGAGCUACCCUCAUCGAUCUGUAAUUUGAAAUAUCUUGAGAGUCUUGAUCUCUCCUUUUGCUCUAGAUUUUCCGAAUUCCCUGAAAUCUUGAAGCCAAUGGAACAAUUGCCUUCCACUCUCUGUUUUCGCUCUUUAGAAAAACUAGAACUCAGCCGCAGCGGUAUAUUGGAAAUACCAGCAAGCGUCAAACAAGCUUCUCGGUUGUCUAUGCUCAACUUACGCAGGUGCUGUCAGCUUCAAUCUAUACCAGAGCUCCCAGUGCUAUGUGAUGUUGACGCUGAAGGCUGCACGUCGCUGAAGAUAGUGUCAAGUUCACGGACAGCACUCACACAAGGUUGGGAUAAGCCUAAUUAUUGUUGCAGAAUCUUUACUAAUUGCCGAAAAUUGGAUAAUAAUUCAAGGAGCAACAUAAUGGAUGAAGCACAGAUUGCAAUUAUGCGAAUGGCAACUGUUGCGCCUUUUGAGUACCAUCGCCGGCAUCAUAAUCCCUGGCCUCAGAUUAAGAUUGCAUAUUCAGGAAAAGAAAUUCCAAAUUGGUUCAGCUAUCAAAAUGAGGGAUCUUCAGUAGACAUCGAGCUUUGUCCAGAUUGGUUUCGAACAGGUUUAUUUGGUUUCGCUCUCUCUGUUGUUUCUCGGGUUUUCGAUAUACCGUGUGACGUCUGGAGCGUAAGAGCUAAUUUCAUUGUCAAAUUUAUGGGUGAAAACCAUGAACUGUUCAGUUCUAAGUACAUUAUCCCAGACGUAGACUACCGUAACGGCCAACAUCACGUGCAUGUGUGGAAUGAGGCCUUUAGAAGUGAAGAGGUAGGAAAAAACUGCUCCCCUGAUAUUUACAAACUUGCCAUAGAGGCCUCUGUUGUCUUCUGCCCGGUGGAUUUUGAAGGACAACCUGAUUCCAAAGGUCGUGGAUCAAGUGAUGAGUCUGAAGCAAAUGACAGUGAUUAGGAAAAACUUUUAAAGGCAAAUUUGUACUUUGAUAGCUCACUUGUCUGACCAAGAAAUAAGACAACAACUAGGUAAGGACUUUAUUA